AUCGUGCUAUCUACUAUCCUUUAUCGUUAGUCAAAACAGUUCAAAGAUUCAUAUUGAGCUAUCAUAUUGAUAUAUGUAUGAGUGAAUAAGAAUUGUUAUUAAAAAAUGUAUUCACAUUAAUACAUAUCAUUUUUCUUUUAUAUAUCAUCGACGCAUGUCGAUGAUUGGACGAUUAAACGAGUUUGACGACUUGUCCAAUCGUUGUAGACCUUUAGCAAGAAGAGUUCUUUUUUGUACGUAAUAAAUUCGUAAUUGAAUAAUACACAUUGUUUUAUGUAAUGAUCUCAAGUUAUAUAAGGAUGCUACAGGUCCUCAGUUCGAAAUCUGGUUCGCGACGUAAGAGAAUUAUUGCUAUAUGCGAGUGUAAAAAAAAAAAUAUAUAUGCAAUUGUUUAUCGACAUUUUAUAUUAUUAAAAAUAAAUAUUGAAAACGUCGUGUUGUGAAAUAUUUGGUGAAAGAAGUGAAAAUUGUGGAUCGAAAACAUCAACGCGAUAUGAAUGAUAACAUUUUUCGAAGAUUAAGGAAGAAGGAGUUUGCCGUGGACAUCAAUUCGAAGUUCCACGUAUGUACAACGUAAAUACUGCAGCAACGGGAAAUAAAAAGAACGACCGAUUUCCGGAGGGCAUAUCGUUGACAUUAUGAACUUUUGCUGUAACCAGAUAAGGAAUAUCAGAGAAAGAGUAUAUAAUUCUUUUGCCGCAUCAUACCAACUUCUACGACUUUUAAUACCAGCAAACGUUGAUGUUGUGGGAUCCGUCCCAAUUCAAAAUCAAAAACAAGAAGAGGAUAUCUCAUUUCUUUUUUGCUUCGAAUAAACUCAUAAGCCAUGAGAACUUGUAAAAAUUAUAUCCAUACUUGAUACUAUAUUUAAAGGAUAAUCGAAAACUAGAGAGAGAGAGAGAGAGAGAGAGAGAGAGACAAAGAGAAAAAAAAAUAUAUAUAUAUAUAGAGAGAGAGAGAGAAAGAGAGAGAGAAAAGUACUUACUAAAAAUAGAAAAGAGAAAUAGAAAAGAAUGCACGCAAUUUUUCGUUAAAAGGUUCUCCUCACGUAAUUUGUCAACUUCCUUUUUUUUCCAACCAUAUCCGAUCGGUUGAAUCUUGGUAGUUUGUAGAGUUAAAGGAAGAGAAUAGAGAGAGAGAGAGAGAGAGAGAGAGAGAGAGAGAGAGAGAGAGAGAGAGAAAAAGAGUAGACAUGGCUAGUUGGCUAUCAUCGAACGGCGACGAACCUAUAGAUAGUAAUUACGUGCAAAACGUUUUGAACUACAUUAACGACUUGAAGGAGUCCUUCUCUGAGGAAGAAUUCAAGUGCUUCGCACGAAAGCAUCAAGACCUAGAAGCUCGGUCAGAAGAACGACACCAACAUCUAGUCAUCAAUGGUGGAAUUGAGGAAGGAGGAGCUACGGAGGGUCGUGAGGGUUGCGAAGUUAGUUGGGAUUCUUUACUCUGUUGGCCAUAUACGUCACCGGGAACUCUCGCCAUAUUACCUUGCUUCGAAGAACUCAAUGGCAUACGCUACGACAAUACUCAAAAUGCAAGUCGAUGGUGUUGGCCAAAUGGUACAUGGGAUAGUUAUUCGAACUAUUCUUCGUGCCAUGAUGUUCGACCGUUAACCAUUGAAGCUGAUGUAGAAAUUACAACAAAAAUAUAUUUCAUUGGCUAUAGCUUGUCUCUUUGUACUCUAGCAAUAGCUGUCUCCAUAUUUUUAUAUUUUAAGGAACUGAGAUGUCUAAGAAACAAUAUACAUAUAAAUUUAAUGUUCACGUACAUUCUGGCCGAUCUUAUGUGGAUACUAACUACUGCAAUGCAGGUCUCCAUGCAAACAGACAUACCAACUUGCGUCAUAUUUUUCUCUCUUCUCCAUUAUUUUCAAUUGACCAAUUUCUUCUGGAUGUUUGUCGAAGGAUUGUAUCUCUAUUUGUUAGUUGUAAGGACUUUUACGGGAGAUAAUAUUCAACUAAGAAUGUGUCUUGUAAUAGGUUGGGGUUUUCCAAUUCUCAUCAUAGCCAUUUGGGGCCUCGCCAAAUCUUUUGUCACUCAAGGAAAUCAGAAUAUUGCACUUUGGAAGCAUUGUCCAUGGAUGACAUCACAUCCUUACGAUUGGAUUUAUCAAGCAUCUGUCAUUAUAGUUCUUGCCGUGAAUGUGAUUUUCUUAUUCUUGAUCAUGUGGGUACUGAUCACUAAAUUAUGGUCUGCAAACAAUGCAGAAACGCAACAGUAUAGGAAAGCUAGCAAAGCAUUAUUGGUGCUGAUACCGCUUCUUGGAGUAACAUACGUUCUGGUUCUCGCAGGGCCAACGGAGGGUCAAGCAGCUAAUGCAUUUUCUUACACCCGUGCUGUGUUACUCUCUUCUCAGGGAUUGCUGGUGACGCUAUUCUAUUGCUUUCUCAAUACCGAGGUCCAGAAUACGCUGAGACAUCACUUUGCAAGAUGGACGACAUCGCGAGAUCUUGGCAAUAGUCGAAGGUAUUACAAGAAUUGGUCUCCGCGCUCAAGAACAGAAAGCAUAAGGCUAUACGGCCAACCUUCAAAUCCAUAUCGUAAAAGGGAAUCUACGGUAAGUGAAACGACGACCACAACGGUGAUAGGUCCGAAUUCAACAACAACGUUUCUGGACAAAUCUAAGAAAGCCAUUUCAGAAGACUCAAAUGAAUAAAGUUUUACACGAAGCGAAUGUCAAUAUGAAGAGAAACUGGAUAUACGCGGCAAUAACUCUGGCAAAUAUUAAGGUAAUACGCGGAGAGUAAAUCUACCAAAUACACCUGCAAAUGCUACCAUAGAUAAAAUUACGUCAUAAAUAUGUAAUUGUAUUACAGAAUAUUAUAUAAUUAUUAACUAUUUUAUGAACAAAGUAUUCCUAAUCCGAAAAGAAAAAAGAAAAUUUAUUGAAAAUUGUAUAACGAGGAGCUUAAAAAUCUGUACCUGACCUUUCAAAAUUUUACCAAAGUGUAUAUUUUAUUCAUAAGCAUCUGUUUUAUCAGAUCUUUUAUUAUAGUAUUACAAGAUCACUGGAGCACAAUUAUACUUGACGUUACGUGAAAAUAACGAUCUCGGUAAGUUUAAUUACAAAUUAUUUAGUGAUAAGAAGUAUUGACUGUACUCACGACUGUAAGAAUAGAAUUUAUUUUCUGGAAACUAUAAACUUUGUGAUUGAUUUCAUAAAAUAGACGUAAAUAUAAAUUAUGACUUAAAAUUUAAUUGUAUUAAAAGUAUGUAGAUUCAUAUCUGUAAACAUUUUAAAUCUUUCAAACUAACAUUAGCUUUUAUCCGUUCUCCGUAUGGUAUAUCUUGAUGUUAUAUCUUUUUUUAGCAUCGAUUUAAAACUUGUAUUCUUUUAUCGGUAUAUUGUGGAUUUGAUGGUUUAUGAUUUAUUGAUUUCGCUAAGCUUAUAAUCAUUCAAAAUUUUUGAAAGCUUCUCGUAACUCCAUUUUUUUCUUCAGAGGUUCAUUUCAUGCAACGUCGUCUUUAAACAUUUAACAAAAUGCAAUUUUAACUUGUGAAUUGAAUAGAUAUUUU